AUGAAAAAAAUACGGUUAUCGGGUGAAAAGAAGUUAUUGUUGACAAAUAUCGCGGUGACAUCCUCAUUACUUGCUAUAUCUGAUACAUUACAACAAUGGAUUAGCAGCGAUGAUUAUAAUCUUGAUCAAAAAAAAUCAUUCAAUGUUGCAAGGACAA